AUAGGUCCAUCUCAAUGGGUGGUGACUGCAUUAGACCAAUGGCUGACAGUUGAUAUGAGAGGCACAUGAUCAUUGGCCCUGUAAAUAUUGAACCAACCAACCACUCGUGGGACAGAUUGUGGGCUUAGUUCAUUUUAUGCUGUUUGUUUUAAGCUUUAUUCAAAUUUACACUCUAUCAUGAAACGGUCUUAGUAACACCCCAUAUGGAGAAGAGCUACAUUCGCGUGUGGCGCCCACAAAAUCGAAGAUGGCAAGUGCAAGCAAAAACCCUUUCCUCGAGGAGGGGGUCAGAAUGUCCGUUGAUCCCAUUAAACUGAAGGAAGUUGAGAAUGAUGUAAGAACGGGCCUCUGCAAGUUCACGGAAAGGGAGCCGAUGAACGUUUUAGUAAUCGGCAAGCCCGGAGCAGGAAAGUCCAGUUUCAUCAACUCCAUGCAUAUGGCGAUAGCACACAGGUGGUAUGAAGUAGCCAACUACGGAGACGGAAGGAGGGGUAUUACCACGGACCUCAUACGUUAUGACAUGUUCCGAGACGAACUGACGGAGCCGCCAAUCAAGGGCUAUAACCACGGCGUCUUCUUUUGGGACACUGCUGGACUAGAAGACCUUAAUCAGAAAAUAUUCGAGACGUUCUUGGGGCUGAUCAUGGAAGGACGCAUCCCACCUGACACGAAUAUCCACGAGCACACAGACACGACAAGACAAAGGCCUCCAACCGUAAGCAGCCUGAAAAGACGGUUUCCUCGCUCCGGCGCUGUGGAAGAGUGGAAGUGUCAUCGGAUAGUGUUCCUCUGUGCAGCCGAUGAGGAGCCCCCUAUGAAUCUGAUGGAGGCUGUAACGGAUGCAGCUACUAAAGACAAGGCAGACGCAAGAAGUCUUCCCGUCUUUUUGGUCAUGUCAAAGUGCGAUAAAGUCGACAGAGAUGAAAUCAGUAAAGACGUCUAUGAGUCACGGAGAGACAACGCAGCUAAAUCAUUGAUGGUGUUCGGAAACAACCAGAGGUGCAAGGAAGUGUCCUUGUACUGCAAAGAGCUGACUGCUUUACCACCAGACGACUUCGACUACAGUGGUAUGAGGAAUGACGACGAAAUCAACAAGAAGAUGCUAAACCUGUGGAUGAACCUCCUAAGCCCAGCAUAUCGUGUCAAGCAUGCACCACAAAAGAAAUCGUUUCGUAGAUCAGUAUUCAAUCCCCUCAAGUGGUAAACAACUAACAACAGUUAAUCUAAGUGUUUAUUGAAUCUGACAGUAUUGGUCAAAAGACAUAUAAAUAUCGAAAAUAGCUAUAUUACGAUAUCUCUGAAUUGAAGCAUGCUGUUUAUAGGAUAAAGUAUUGUCAAAUCAUCAAUAGAUAUCAUGUCAGGAAUGUACAAACAUUAGUUGUAUGAUAUUGUAAUAAAAAAAAAACUGAUUCUUAUAUGUAAAGUAUUAAGAUGUAUGGCAAUUUCAUUGCUAUAAGUGGAAAAUGAAUUUCACUUUUAUGGAAUGCUCUUCAUACAAUGUCCUACGUAAUAAGGUAUUCACCUGUUUUUGAUUAAGAGCAACAGAUUUGAAGAUAUCUUUAGGUCUGACUGCUCUCAUGAUGCAACGAUAGGUAACUACAUAAAAAGAUUGAUUUACCUUUAGAAAAGGUACUGAAACACACGAUUAAACCAAUGAAUGUCUCAAGGCAAGAUACAUGUAUCAGAAAUUCACAUAUGUUGCACAUAUUGCAUGCUUAGUCUGUAGAGUUUUUUGCAGUUUGUAGUAGAACAUAAGAAAGUAUCUGUACUUUUUGUUGUGUUACUAUAAAGCUUCAUAUCAUGAUACAGUUGGAGCGCUAUAGUAGUUAUACAACAUUAAGUGGUAUCAGAGUAGGACAUGUGAGCAAUGACUUUGUAAUUGUCAACAAUUACUGAAAACUGUUGGACACAAAUUAAAUACAGUAAAACACAAAAGGAUGUUUUAACGUAUUAGUCAAAAUAAAUGUCAGCUUCACUCCUGAUUAUGUGACGUAAUCACUGUUGCAAUGUACUCAAAAGACACUCAACCUUAAGG